AUACUCUUUCACAGUCGUUAAGAUCUCUUCCGAGCAACACCAAACACACAAAACGCAUCAAACACACAAAAUGUUCACGACGGUGAGACCAAAUUUAGAAACGAUUCUAACAGAUUUAAAUAAAUUCAUCAACAUUGAUCGGGAUCGUGAAAAGUACACAAAUCAUUUCGAACAAAUCAAGAUUAAUAUAUUUUUCCAUCUGCGUCAAAUGAAACCUUUUGGUUCGCUCUUCAAUGGUUACCAGCUGGGAGGAAGUUAUGGUGAUAAUUUAAAGGUUACUCUGCCCAAUGAAUUCGAUUUGGUAUUCCAUAUACGUUUUCCCGAAAGUAAACUAAUCGAUGUUAUUGAAGACUAUGACAUACCGGGAAAUGUUCAUCUGAGUUUUACUCGAGUCAUGGCCAAGAUACGAAAAGAGAAACAACACGAGAUUACCUAUAACUGUCUACUGAAAUGGUUAGAUGCCAAUGACCGUUUAAUUGUGGAUAGAUUACAAUCGUAUUUUCAGAGUUGUUUCGCAAAAGUCCUUGAAGAUUUAAACUGGGAGGCCAGGUUGCACAACGAAUACACCAGACUACGUUAUCACAGAGAAGGUCCGGCGCACACAAUUAAAGUAAUUGGCAAAAAUAUGCAAUACUCCGUGGACUUUGUGCCCGGUAUACUGUUAGACCAGUUUCAAAGUAUAACACCCACGCACGUUGGCCAAUGGGAAGCCAUACCAAAACCCAUCAAAUCGGCAAGACGUGAUUACACUUCAUUUAGAACCUCUUAUUAUAGCGCCGAAAAAGCUAUGUUACAAAAUUGUAACAACUUGAAGAAUUGCCUGCGCAUGAUGAAAAAAUUCCGCGAUGCCCAUCAGAAUAUGAGCAACAUGAAAAGUUACUUCAUCAAAACAUUAUUUCUGUUGAAGGUACAUGAACAGGGUGGCAAUAAGUUGUAUUGGAAUAAGCCAUUGUCCACAAUAAUACUGGAUAUGUUCAAGUCAAUGGAGGUUAGCCUCAAGACUAAAAAACUACCAUUCUUUUGGGAUCAACGCCUCAAUAUGUACGAUCAGCUGACAAAUUCCAAUUUGAGUGAAAUGUUAGGUUGUGUAGUCAGUUGCCGGAUGACAUUGGAAAAAGCCCAACAGGGAUUAACGCCAGCGAUUCAAAGACGAGUCUAUGAAAUAUUUUUGGUACAAAAUGAAAGACGGCCGACAGUGCAACCCGAGAUGUUUGAAACUAACGGUGACUCAAACGAAUAUAGUCCCAUUGUUGAACAACCCAGAAAAUCCGAUCCAUAUUGUAAUAUUUUAUAAAUUUCUGCUAUGUUCAGAUGACUCAAUGAGCCAAACGUACUAGUUGUUUGAGAAAACAAAAUGAAAUGAACAUCCAGAAUAAGACGUAAGCGACGGAUCAAAUGAAACAUUAUUAAUUGACUAACUGACAACUUAUGCACAUGUUAUAGAACAAAUCAUAAAAAUCCGAUCCAAGUUGUAAUAUUUUAUAAAUGUUUCAGUAUUGCAAAAAUUUCAAUAUUUUUACUACGAUAAUUGAUUUGAUUUCAAAAAAAUAUAUAUAUUAAAAACAA